AUGGGAGCAUUCUGUCCAAAUCAAAAUAUUAAAGUUCUUCCUUCGCCAGUGAUUUAAGAAGAGAUUACAGUUGACCCUCAAGUAGAAAUUGAUACUCUUAUUAAUUAAGAAACUAAUUACAAACUUAGUUUAAUUCAUAAUUUUUGUAUAGAGAAUCCAACUUUAUAAACAUGUGAUGAAGUAAUCUUAGAAAUCCUCUCUAUAUCAAUUUCAUUUAUGGUUAAGGAUUUUUCUGAAUAAUCGAACUUUCUUAAAUUACAAAUAUAAAAGCAGGUGUAAGACUUAAUUCAUCAUAAAAUUGAUUUUCAGGAAGAUCUUUUAAAAAUGCUAAUAAAUUAUUAUGAGUUUCUAAGUUAUGUUUAAGAAAAAGGAGCUACAAAAGUUAUUUCUUGGUGGAAUGAUCCUGUUGGUGUAGUUGAAAUAGUUUAAGCAAUAAAGCAUUGGUCACAAGAAUUUAUUAAAUAUGGGGGUAAAUUAAGAAGAGAAAGAGCAUUAAGAAAAUUAAACUUUGACCCUAAACCACCAGAACGCUUUGUAAAAACUUGGGAAUGGAUUAAAAAGUAAUAAGAGGGAUAAGAGGAUGAUUUGAAACCAAAAAGGGAGACAUUUGCAAUUACUAAUAAGUUUGAAGAUGGUUUCGAAGAACUUUGA